AUGAGCCUGUUCGGAAAAAUUUUCGGAGGCAAGAAACAGGAGGCUCCAUCAACUCCACAAGAUGCCAUCCAGAAAUUGCGGGAAACCGAGGAGAUGCUUGAAAAAAAACAGGACUUUUUGGAGAAGAAAGUAGUAGAUGAGAAGGCGAACGCGGUAAAAUAUGGUACAAAAAACAAGCGAAUGGCUCUGCAAUGUUUGAAUAGAAAAAGAAAUUUCGAGAAACAACUAGCUCAUAUUGAUGGAGUUUUGGCUACUAUUGGAUUCCAGCGAGAGGCUCUCGAAAACGCUUCAACGAACGCAGAAGUGCUCAACGUGAUGAGUCAAGCGAGCAAGGCUUUGAAAUCUGCUCAUAACAAUAUGGAUAUCGACCAGGUUCAUGAUUUGAUGGAAGAUAUUGCUGAGCAACAAGAAGUUGCCAACGAAAUCGCAGAGGCUAUCUCGAAUCCAGUCGGUUUUAGCGCUGCGGUUGAUGACGAUGACUUGAUGCGCGAGUUGGAGGAACUUGAACAGGAAGAGCUUGACAAGGAGCUUUUGGAUGCGAGAGCUCCACCAGUCGUUCUCCCAGACACGCCAAGUGUUGCGUUGCCAGCAGUCCCAGCUUCCAAGCCUCGAACUGCUGUUUCUGCGGAUAAGGACCUUGAGGAUCUCGAGAGCUGGGCAAAUGCGUAG